AUGAGCGGCGCUGAUAAUUGGAGGAGAGAUCGGAGGGACACUCGGAUUUCAAAGACGCAGAAGCUGAUUCUGAACGCAGGGGAGCAGCUCGAGUCGAAACUCGGCUACGAUCUCUUCAAUGAAGGAGAUAAACGCCUUGGGUGGCUACUCACUUUAGCUUCUUCAUCUUGGGAGGAUCAGGAGACGCGUAAAACGUACGGCUGUGUUGAUCUUUAUUUCGUAUGUCAGGAUGGUUCGACAUUUAAGACCAAAUAUAAGUUCCGGCCAUAUUUUUAUGCAGCCACCAAGGAUAAAAUGGAAAUGGACGUUGAGGCUUAUCUGAGAAGGCGAUAUGAAGGACAAAUUGCGGACAUUGAAAUUGUUGAAAAAGAGGAUCUUGAUCUUAAAAAUCACCUAUGCGGCUUGCGUAAGUCUUAUUUGAAGAUAUCUUUUGAUACCGUUCAACAAUUGAUGCACGUGAAGAAUGAUCUGAUUCAUAUUGUUGAAAGAAAUCUAGCGAAGUUUGACGCUGAAGAAGCAUAUGAGUCCAUAUUGACUGAAAAAAGAAAACAACGACCUCAAGACUUUCUAGACUGUAUUAAUGAUCUUCGUGAGUAUGAUGUACCUUACCAUGUUCGCUUUGCCAUUGACAAUGAUGUAAGAUGUGGGCAGUGGUAUGAUGUCAGUGUAUCCAGUGCUGGGGUUACACUAGAAAGAAGAGCAGAUCUGUUGCAACGAGCAGAAGUUCAUGUUUGUGCCUUUGAUAUUGAGACCACAAAGCUUCCUUUAAAAUUUCCAGAUGCUGAAUAUGAUUCAGUAAUGAUGAUAUCAUACAUGGUUGAUGGUCAAGGAUACCUCAUCAUUAAUAGAGAGUGCGUCGGCGAAGACAUAGAGGAUUUAGAGUACACUCCAAAACCAGAAUUUGAAGGGUGUUUUAAAGUUACAAAUGUGAAAAAUGAGGAAGAGCUUCUUAGAUUGUGGUUUUCCCAUAUGCAAGAGGUAAAGCCUGGUAUCUAUGUCACAUACAACGGUGACUUUUUCGACUGGCCAUUCCUAGAGAACAGAGCAGCUCAUCAUGGUCUCAGAAUGAACGAUGAACUUGGAUUUCAAUGCGACAAGAAUCAAGGAGAAUGUCGUGCCAAAUUUGCUUGCCAUUUGGAUUGUUUUGCAUGGGUCAAACGUGAUAGUUAUCUCCCUCAAGGCAGUCAAGGCUUAAAGGCUGUUACAAAGGCGAAGUUGGGUUAUGAUCCACUGGAGGUCAAUCCUGAGGAUAUGGUUCGUUUUGCAAUGGAAAGGCCCCAGAUGAUGGCAUCCUAUUCUGUUUCGGAUGCUGUCGCAACUUAUUACUUGUAUAUGACUUAUGUACACCCCUUCAUUUUCUCGCUUGCUACCAUAAUUCCGAUGCCACCAGAUGAGGUUUUACGAAAGGGAAGUGGGACUCUCUGUGAAAUGCUUCUUAUGGUCCAGGCGUAUAAAGCAAAUGUUAUCUGUCCUAACAAGCACCAAUCUGAUCCAGAGAAGUUCUACAACAGUCAACUCCUCGAGAGUGAGACAUACAUUGGUGGUCAUGUGGAAUGUCUCGAAAGUGGUGUUUUUAGAUCUGAUCUUCCAACUAGUUUUAAACUUGAUCCAUCCGCUUAUGGGCAACUGAUCAAAAACCUUGACCGGGACCUGCAAUAUGCUGUUAGAGUAGAGGGAAAGUUGAACUUGGAAUCAGUUUUAAAUUAUGACGAAGUGAAGAAUGCUAUCAUGGAAAAGCUUAUGAGGUUGAAAGGUGAACCUAUACGUGAAGAAUUCCCUCUCAUAUACCAUCUUGAUGUUGCUGCAAUGUAUCCAAACAUCAUAUUGACAAACAGGCUACAGCCACCAUCGAUAGUUACAGAUGAAGUAUGUACUGCAUGUGACUUCAAUCGUCCAGGAAAAAAUUGCCUAAGGAAGCUUGAAUGGGUUUGGCGUGGAGAGACAUACAUGGCAAAGAGAAGUGAUUACCAUCAUCUAAAGAGGCAACUUGAGUCUGAGCUUGUCGAUAGCGUAACUGGGCAACUUGCGAAAUCUUUCCUUGACCUACCUAAAGCAGAACAACAGAUGAAGCUCAAAGAGCGUCUAAAGAAAUAUUGCCAAAAGGCAUAUAAAAGAGUACUUAACAAACCAGUUACUGAACUUCGAGAGGCAGGGAUCUGUAUGCGUGAAAACUCAUUCUAUAUUGAUACUGUUCGCAGUUUUCGAGAUAGAAGGUACGAAUACAAAGGGCUCAACAAAGUUUGGAAGGGAAAGUUGUCUGAAGCAAAGUCUAGUGGAAAUUCUAUCAAAAUCCAGGAAGCUCAAGACAUGGUGGUGCUCUAUGAUUCAUUGCAACUAGCACACAAGUGUAUUCUCAACUCCUUCUAUGGAUAUGUCAUGCGCAAGGGUGCAAGAUGGUACUCAAUGGAAAUGGCAGGAGUUGUUACGUACACUGGAGCAAAAAUUAUCCAGAACGCUCGCUUAUUGGUUGAAAGAAUUGGAAGGCCACUUGAAUUAGACACCGAUGGUAUCUGGUGCGCCCUACCGGGGUCAUUCCCAGAGAACUUCACUUUCAAGACGAAAGACCCAAAGAAGAAGUUGACGAUAUCAUAUCCUUGUGUUAUGCUUAAUGUAGAUGUGGCUAUAAACAAUACUAAUGAUCAGUACCAGACGCUAAAAGAUCCGGUCAAUAUGACCUAUGCGACACAUAGUGAAUGCUCAAUUGAAUUCGAGGUGGAUGGACCCUAUAAGGCUAUGAUUCUUCCUGCUUCCAAGGAGGAAGGAAUCCUGAUUAAGAAGCGUUAUGCAGUUUUUAAUGAUGAUGGUACCCUAGCAGAGCUGAAGGGUUUUGAGAUCAAGCGUAGAGGUGAGCUAAAGCUCAUCAAAGUUUUCCAGGCUGAGCUAUUUGAUAAGUUUCUGCAUGGGUCAACUUUAGAAGAAUGCUAUUCUGCCGUUGCUUCUGUUGCAAACCGUUGGCUUGAUCUUCUUGAUAAUCAAGGGAAAGAUGUAGCGGAUAGUGAGUUGCUUGAUUUCAUAUCUGAAUCAAGCACAAUGAGCAAGUCCUUAGCAGACUAUGGUGAACAAAAGUCAUGUGCAGUGACCACAGCAAAGCGUCUUGCUGAUUUCCUCGGGGAUGCAAUGGUAAAAGACAAAGGAUUGCACUGCCAGUAUGUAGUUGCAUGUGAACCCAAGGGAACCCCAGUAAGUGAGCGCGCUGUUCCGGUUGCCAUUUUUGAAACCAAUGCCGAAAUUAUGAAGUUCUAUGUGAAAAAGUGGUGUAAAAUUUCAUCAGACAUUGGGAUCCGCUCCAUUAUUGAUUGGUCAUACUACAAACAACGGCUUAGUUCAGCAAUUCAGAAAAUUAUAACUAUUCCUGCUGCAAUGCAAAAGGUUGCAAAUCCCGUUCCAAGGGUUGUUCAUCCCGAUUGGUUGCAUAAAAGGGUUCGUGAAAAGGAGGACAAAUUUCGCCAGCGAAAAUUGGUUGAUAUCUUCAGUGUGGAGAAAAGAGAUGAUGCAUUGAGUGCCAAAAAUGAUCUCAAUGCCAGUAAUCACUUAAUAGAUGAGCAUAAUGUCAAAGACUUGGAAGACUUCAGGAGCAAUGGAAAAACUUCUCUUGUUAGGCCUCGACCUAUUGUUCAUGCCUAUGGAAUCAACAAUGAAAACAGUGGAAGCAAAACAAGUUUUCAAGUAGAAUGUCCAGAACAAAUUGAUUUUGGUGGAAAUGGAUGUAUGGCCUCAAAGCACCCACUACAAAAUGUUUUCAUCAAAGAGAAUAUUGACAGGAAUGUCGAUUAUCAAGGAUGGCUUGAAUUAAGGAAGAGAAAGUGGAAAGAGACUCGAGAGAAAAGGAAGCGUCAAAGGUUGGACAACUCAAGCACGUUUAAUCUGAUGAAUGGUGUUGCUGACAAGCGUAGUAGCAUUGUCAAUCACAAACAGCCUCAAGGAAAAACUGGGGUCAAUUCCUAUUUUGAGAGGCAUGAUUUAGCACUUAUGCGCUCCCACUGGCAGAUUAUCCAGCUUGUACCCAGUUCACAGCAUGGCCAUUAUUUUGCUUGGGCAGUUAUUAAUGGAAACAUGUGUAAAAUUCCCAUACUUGUCCCCAGAGUAUUUUACCUCAAUUCUAAAGCUCCUGUAACGGAAGAAUUUCCUGGAAGGCGUGUCAAUAAGAUUCUUCCCCAUGGACGUCAUAGCUACAAUCUGAUUGAGGUUAUAAUUGAUGAAGACCAAUUUAAGGCCGAAAGCAAGAAAUUAGCAGCUCACCUUGCAGAUCCUGAAGUUGAGGGAAUAUAUGAAACGAAAAUUCCACUGGAUUUUAAUGCUAUCCUCCAGAUUGGUUGUGUCUGUAAAGUUGAUAAGUCGGCGAAGAAACGAAAUGUCCAAGAUGGCUGGAGUCUGAGUGAACUGCAUAUGAAGACGACAACAGAAUGCCCAUAUCUGGAACACUCACUUUCCUAUUUCUACUUGUAUCAAAGCAUCUCUGAUGGACGAGCCAUGUACAUUGGAUAUUUUCCUGCAUCUAGCCAAAUAUUUGUUGUGGUUGUUAGUCCUUUCCAAAAUAAGGAAUUAUCACCUCAAAUACUUGAAAGACAAUUCCGUGAUGCUUGCCAAGCAAUAUCCAUUCAACCCCCAAGAGAAGGAAUUAAUUUCAAAGUCGAUUACGUUGGUCAUGUCAAGGAUGCUCAAAGGAACUUACAGAGGACAAUAAUUGAAUUCAGACAAUGGCAUCAUGGACCUGUGAUUGCUGUUAUUGAGUCCCCUAAUGUCCUGCUGAUGAAGUCUGGCAUACGAGUAUUAGAAGAUUUUCCUUGUGUUACCAUCCCUCCUAAUGCUCGUGAUAGCCAAUAUCAGGCUAUUGGUUGGCAAGUAAUGGCAGCAAGAAUUGGAAUUCAACGAUGUGCUGUGUCCUCUCAAUGGCUGAAUGAGAGAAUUACACUUUCACGAUAUGCCCAUGUUCCAUUGGGAAAUUUUGAGGCCGAUUGGCUAAUACAGACAGCAGAUAUCUUCUUCUCCAGAGCAUUGCACGAUCAGCAACAGGUUCUUUGGAUAUCUGAUAAUGGCAUUCCAGACUUGGGAGGCAUAAAUGAAGAAGUGCCUUGUUCUAUUGAUGAGGUCAAUCAACCAGUUCUUGCUUAUCCUGGUGCAUAUAGAAAAGUUACUGUGGAGCUUAAGAUACAUCACCUGGCUGUCAAUGCUCUUCUGAAAAGUAACCAAGUGAAUGAAAUGGAAGGAGGUUCUUUAUUUGCUACGGACCAGGACAUGAAUCCUGCAGCACCUUUUUCUGAUGAUGGAUAUUGUUAUGACGAGGCAACCUCAUGUGGACCUUCAUUUCGCAUCCUCAAACAGUUGAUCCAAAGAUGCCUUACAGAUGCAGUUACAUCUGGAAAUGUGUUUGCAGAUGCUAUGUUGCAGCAUUUGUACCGAUGGCUCUGCAGCCCAAAAUCUAAACUUCAUGACCCCGCUCUUCAUCGCACGCUUCAUAAGGUUAUGCAAAAGGUGUUUGCACUGCUGAUGUCUGAGUUUCGUAAAUUAGGUGCAUCAAUCGUAUUUGCAAGCUUCAAGAAAGUUAUAAUCAAUACAGGAAAGUCAGAUCUAUCUGCAGCUAAAGCUUAUUGUGAUAGUAUACUCAAAACUAUACAAACUAGAGAAUUGUUUGAGUGGAUUGAGCUUGAGCCCUUGCAGUUUUGGUAUUCCUUGCUUUUUAUGGAUCAGUACAACUAUGGUGGAAUUCAAGCUAGAUUAAAGGACAGAUCAGCAGAAGAAAAUUCAGAAGUAAAUAUUGAAAGCACGCCAGAUGAAUUUCAAGUAGAAAUUGUCUCAAGCUGGAAUAUUGCAGAAAACUUACCUAAAGCAACUCAGGAUCAUUUCAUCUUGAUUGUUUCUGAAUUUAUUUAUGAGCCAUGGAAGUAUGCACAAGAACAAGCUACAAGCCGAGCUCAUACUAUUGGCGACUUGUGCACUCCAUCAAUCACAGCUGCAACUGCAGAAAUUCUUGAAUCACAGAUGAACACUUAUCUGAAGAAAGAGAUUGGAUCUUACUUCUCAGACAAACUUCUUAAAAUUGUAUGUGAUCCAAGUCUUCACAAGAGUGACCAUCCCAUCUCAACUGGACCUUUUAACAAUAUUCAUAAGGGGGAUCCUGCUCUGGAUUUCAUCAAGUAUAUCUGUGCAGUUUUGGCUCUUGACCAAAAUGUUCAGCAUGAAGUUCUGAUCAUGAGAAGGAAUCUUUUAAAAUUGGUCCGCAUAAGGGAAUUUGCUCCGGAGGCCGAAUUUCAAAAUUUAUCAAUGUCCUUAACUUUACCAAAUAUCAUUUGCAGUUACUGCAACGACUGCAGAGAUCUAGAUUUGUGCAGUGACAGGGCCUUAAUUGCUCAGGAAUGGCGUUGUGCUGUGCCUCAGUGUGGGCAACCAUAUGAUCGCGAGGUGAUGGAGAAUGCUCUUCUUCAGAUUAUACGACAGAGAGAACGACUCUUCCAUCUUCAGGAUCUGGUGUGCCUUAAGUGCAAUCAAAUCAAAGCUGCACAUUUAUCUGAACACUGUGCGUGUGCUGGAUCAUUUAGGUGCAAGGAAGAUUCCUCUGAGUUCCGCAACAAAAUGCAAGUUUUCUUGAACGUAGCCGUGGAUCAGAAAUUUCAACUGCUUGAAGAAUGUGAUGGAUCUUCUUCCGAUUGCCAAAUUCCACAGCUGCUCGAGGAGUUCAAAGCACAAAGCAGCACAUUUUUGAGAAAGCCAGGAUAG